CAGGUUUCCCAACAGAAUAUAAAUAACGGGGCUCUACAGCAAACGUUGCAUUUAAAGAGACACAGUAGGUGACAUGCAGGUGGGGUUGAGACCCAGGACAGUUGAGGUGAGGUUGUGACCAAAUGAUUGGGGGACCGCAGCAGGAUGCACUGAUGUGAGGACUUUCCAGCUAAUGGCUAUAAUGCCUUCAUCUACUAAUGAUGUGAGAUUAUUCAUGAUUCUCACAACGACUCCCUUCUCAUCGGUGAUGUGGCUCCACUCCUCUCCGCCCGCGCUACAGCAGACAGGUCAUCCUCCGCCAAGAGGCACCUGCGGUCAGCUGCGCCCUGCAGUGGCUGUGAGAUGAGAUCGGCCUACAUCUGCACACAGCUGGAACCAAAAGAAGAAGAAAGAAAAACAAAGGCGGACCUGUAAACACCUGGACGGAUAAUUCAAAUUGCACGACAGCGGGAACGCACGAACGAGCGACGCGACGCGCACUUUCCACCUAGGAGGGGAGGGAGGGGAGUGUGUGUGUGUGUGUGGGGGGGUUGGGGGAGAUCCAGAAAAUGAUGUCCCGUGUGCCGGGCAGCGGCGGGACAGUGUACGGGACCACUGGCACCUUUUUGUCGGCGUGCCUGCUCUCCGCUUGUCAAGCCGUCCGGAACUGCGGGGAGGUCCAGUGCGGCGACGGCGACCACUGCUGCCCGCCCGCCGCGGCCGGGAACGGCAGCGCCGGCCCCGCGGUGCGCUGCUGCAAGCUGCCCAUCCACGUAUUCUUCGACAACGUGGGCUGGUUCACGCGGAAGCUGUCGGGCAUCCUGAUCCUGGGGCUGCUUUUCGCCAUGGGCUACUUCAUCCAGCGGAUCAUCUGCCCGCGGCCCCGCCGGAACCCGCGCCACGACGGCGGCAGCGAGGAGCCCUCCCUCUUCCGCGGGCACGCGUCGGCGUCCCAGGACUCCCUGCUGGACCGGUACCCGGAGUACAGCCUGGGGGGCUUCGCCUCUCCCAACCUGCCCGCUUACGAGGAGGUGAAGAAUUUGCCCACGUACGAGGAGAGCAUGCGGGAGAUGCGCAGAGACCGGUCCGAUGACAACUUGCUGUCCGGAAACGAGAGGGGUGGUCAGGGCAGGGCGAGAGCGGCCGCGCCGAGAGCCGGGGACCAGACGCGGGAUGUCCUGGAGGGAUCGGGAGCGCAACACGGCCCGCGGACAUGUCGGAACUCGGUGUGAUUGGGCGGGGGGGGCUAUAAUAUGACAGAAUUGGGCAAUUCUUAUUUGGAUAGAUUCGGGGUAAUUAUCUGGCAGAGGUAUAAACCUGAAGUGCAAUUAUGAUCCCGAAUGUAAAGAAUAAAGGAUGAGGCUAAAAAAAUGCAUGUGUUUUGUAAGAUUAUAGAGGAUUAUUGGCUUUUUUUAUGCAAAUGGCCGCUUGGGUAAAGUAAAGGAGAUUAUGAAGGAAGCGAGGACGGCUGAAAUCCACGCUCUUUAUGAUAUGGACAGCUAAUUUGGCUCCGGGACAAUCGCAUUAAAUUUUACUUAAGCACCUCGAUUUAAAGUGGCACCGUGAGACAGUUUUUCUUCUGUCAAAUUAUCGUCCUUUUCUUAGUCUUCUGCUGCAACUGGAAGACCUGCUUCUCUUCUAUUUAUUCCUUAAUGCAUUUGCAUCCAAAAAGGAAGAAUAUAUUUUUUUUCUCAGCAACCUGAAAUGGGCUUAAAGAGGGAGGGGAGGGAUGAAUAUCAAUUGUAAUACUUUCUGCAGCGCACAUUUGUGCUUAUCAUUCCCCUUUUAGAGGCAGUUCAUUUGACAUCUUAUCAGUAUGAAGGCAGUAUUUUGCAGUCACACAUAGACACACAUCAGUGGGGGCUGACAAAUGUCUGGUGACCGGAGCCAUUUCUGAUAAAGCCAAAUGGAAUUAUUAAAUAUUGGUAUCCAGGGAGCCUUGCUGCCCAAGGCCACAUGCAUCAGUGACUCCAAAUCCAGUACAAGCCAUGGCAGAUUUUACAGCUGGCAUACUGAUAAGCCCCAAACUGCCAGGUUACAAAGUCUCAUCAGCGAGUCCCACAACAUCACAACGGCUGCUGCAAGCAGAACUCACACACACACCUCUUUAUACCAGGCUGAAUGGCCUGUUUACCUGGAUUAACGCUAAAGAUGUAAAUCGCUAUGAAUACUCCAUUAAAAUGUCUCAUGUUACAAAAAAGCA